GGUCCUCAGGUACGGCCGCAUUCCGCCGUGUCACACUCGCAAGAGAACGGAUCCAAAUCCCAAAGCAACCACCGUGUUUGAUGCUUUUGUCAACCGUUGCCGCGGCAAGCCGACGGGUAUCCGUAUCAAGUCGCACGGGAUGGACCGACCGUUCCCUCCCUUCCGCUGCCGCCAAAACGCACUUACCUUUCAUCGUCACAAUCUCGUCACAUCCACACUCCCACACCCCCGCCAAUCCACACGACGGCCGCUGCUAUUCCCGUCGGAAUGUCGCUCCCAUGUUCCGCCGCGCGCGCCCUCGCUCACCUAUGUACCGAAGGGGCUGGCUUCCCCGUUUCCAUUUUCCCGUUUUGCUCUCGCGCCCGGCUUCCCGAGAUUGCUGGUCCCAGCCUCUGCGCGAAGGUGCCGCACGAUCAAAGCCUGCUGGUAAAGUUAGCGUACGGGGGGAUAGGGGAUGUUGUUUCCGCGGCGGAUUUGCGCCUGUUUUGGGUGACUUCGCCCUGAGCGAUUCAGGUGGUGGUAUUGCGAUGUGGGCCUGUGUUGAUUUUUGGGAGCUCCCAGCUCCAGGGGCGCGGAUGUGGGUGGGUUUGUGUCAGAGGAUGUGCUGCGAGAUUGUUGGUGCCCAAUUAAUCCAACCCGCAAAUGCCGCCGCGUGGUUUUGAGGAUGGGUUGGGCACGCGGCUGGUCAAAGCAGAGACCGUGAGGGUGGGUUCGGGAUAUGGUUGCAGGUGUCGGGACCGAUGGUGGUGCCAGGGGAUGGGUGCAAAUUGAAGGCACUUUGCGAGCACGCGAUACGUUCACAAAUGGACUGUUUAACGAGGUACACAGGCAGUGUCUCUGCAACUUCAUAUCGGAUUGGGAGCCAGGCAAUGCUGCGGAAGACAUGUGUCCCGUUAGUAAGUAGCAAGGUAUGAUG